UGUACAGUGUGCGGAGACGUCCACGGGCAGUUCUUUGACCUGAUGAAGCUGUUUGAGGUGGGCGGAUCCCCCAGCAGCACCCGCUACCUGUUCCUGGGCGACUACGUGGACCGAGGGUACUUCAGCAUCGAGUGCGUCCUGUACCUGUGGGCUCUGAAGAUCAACCACCCCAACACCCUGUUCCUCCUCAGAGGCAACCACGAGUGCCGGCACCUCACAGAGUACUUCACCUUCAAACAGGAGUGUAAAAUAAAGUACUCUGAGCGCGUUUAUGACGCCUGUAUGGAUGCAUUCGACUGCCUGCCGCUGGCCGCUCUCCUCAACCAGCAGUUUCUGUGCGUGCACGGAGGUCUGAGCCCCGAGGUCACCUGCCUGGACGACAUUCGCAAGCUGGACCGGUUCAAAGAGCCGCCGGCGUUCGGGCCGAUGUGCGACCUGCUGUGGUCGGACCCGGGGGAGGACUACGGCUCGGAAAAGACCCAGGAACACUUCUGCCACAACAGUGUGAGAGGCUGCUCGUAUUUCUACAGGUAUGCGGCGAUACUCUCCGUCUCUCCGACUCUCAGUCUCUCCGUCUCUCCGACUCUCCGACUCUCA